UGGAUUAUAACUAUCCUUCUUUCUUUGGGGGCCGUGGGGUGGGAGCGGGGGCGAGAGGUGCCGCUGGUACCCGGCUGCUCUGCCUCGGGGGAAGGAUGGCGCACGCCGGGAGAACAGGGUAUGAUAACCGGGAGAUAGUGAGGAAGUACAUCCACUAUAAGCUGGCGCAGAGGGGCUACGAGUGGGAGGCCGGAGACGCGGGCGCCGCGGCCCCCGGGGUCGCCCCUGCGCGGGACGUCUCCUCCUCCCAGCCCGGGCACACGAGGGGACGCUUUGCCACGGUGGUGGAGGAGCUCUUCAGGGACGGGGUGAACUGGGGGAGGAUUGUGGCCUUCUUUGAGUUCGGUGGGGUCAUGUGUGUGGAGAGCGUCAACCGGGAGAUGUCGCCCCUGGUGGACAACAUCGCCCUGUGGAUGACUGAGUACCUGAACCGGCACCUGCACACCUGGAUCCAGGAUAACGGAGGCUGGGUAGGUGCAUGCUUGGUGGAUGCGCGUCGGGGCGUGAGGUCUCGGUGGGUCUCAGAUGGUUGGGCCAGAGGUCCCCAGCCUCACAGUUACCUGGCCCGGCGCUGCUGGGUGCAGCAACUUAUGAACCAGGUCCCAAAAAUCAAUGUAGCCCCUCUCCCUGGAAAACCUAGUUGUGUUUUGGAGAGAGAUUGUUUGUUGAGAUUCCGCAUGAACAGAUCUUUAGUCACUCUGAAAGAACUUGCCAAAGGGUGA